ACCACCCUUUGGAGUUUCCAAAAACUUAUCAACCAUUAUUCUUCCUCUCACAAUUAACCAUGGCAGUCCUCGAGCUCCUCUUCCUCUUCUCUUUUCUCUUGACCAUCCCUCUUCUUCUCCGUCCAGUCUUUGUCUCCAAAUCCGAAACCCUACUCCCUCCAAGCCCCUUAGCCCUACCCAUCAUCGGCCACUUCUACCUCCUCGGUCCUCUCCUCCACCGAUCUUUCUACAAACUCUCCCUGCAGUUUGGCCCCUUAUUCUCUCUCCGUUUUGGCUCCGUCCCAUGCAUUGUGGUUACCUCGCCAGAGAUUGCAAAAGAGUUCCUCAAAACCCACGAGCUGUCCUUCAUAUCCCGUGCUCAAACCAUCGCCAUCGAACGCCUGACCUACAAUUACUCUACCCCAGGAUUUGCACCCUACGGGCCUUAUUAUAAAUUGAUCAAGAAGCUCAGCGUUAAUGAGUUCCUAAGCAAUCGUAAUGUCAGCAACUUUGCUUCGAUUCGAACCCAAGAGUACCUAAGUCUUUUGAGGCUCUUGGCCAAGAAAGCUGAGAGUGGUGAAGCUAUCAAUCUCACCGAGGAGUUACCAAGGAAUUUCAACAAUGUGAUCGCAAAAAUGAUGUUGGGGAAUUCUAAGGGGUCUAGUGCGGAAGGCAGAGAUGAGGAGGCUAGGCUUGUGGCGAGAGAGGUAACAAGGAUUUUUGGGGAGUUUAAUUUGUCCGAUUUUGUUUGGUUUUGCAAGAAGUUGGAUUUGCAGGGAUUUGGGAAGAGAAUUGAAAACACUCAUAGGAGAUACGACGCGUUGAUGGAGAAGGUUAUUUCAGAACGUGAAGAACUGAGGAAGAAAAACAUGAAAAAUGGAGGAGGCAAUGUUGAAGAGGAGAUGGUGUUGAAGGAUUUUCUUGAUGUUUUGCUUGAUUUGUUGGAAAAAGGGAGUGGUGAGAUUGAGGGUGUCAAAUUUACCAGAGUUCACAUCAAGGCUUUAAUCAUGGGUUUCUUCACUGCAGGUACAGAUGCAACCGCCAUUUUAAUGGAGUGGGCGCUGGCAGAGCUCAUCAACCAUCCAAAGGUGCUCAAGAAAGUAAGGGAGGAGAUUGAUCAAGCCGUGGGGAACAAACGACUACUCGUAGAAUCCGACGGUCCAAACCUUCCAUACAUCCAAGCCGUCAUAAAAGAAGCAUGUAGGCUACACCCACCAGUGUCUGUGGUCACAAGAAAAUGUGUAGAAAAAUGUAAAUUUGGAAAAUAUGUGAUCCCAGAAAACACAAUGCUAUUUGUGAAUGUUUGGGGCAUUGGAAGGGACCCGAAGUACUGGGAAAAUCCUUUGGACUUUCAACCUGAAAGAUUCUUGUCACCACCACUCAGUGGAGGAAGAGAUGGAACGAGUGCAUUAGAUGUUAGGGGGCAACAUUUUGAGCUGCUUCCGUUUGGGUCUGGGAGGAGGAUAUGCCCUGGUGUGAACUUGGUCAUGCAAAUGCUGCCAAGCCUACUUGGUGCUAUGGUUCAAUGCUUUGAUUGGAAAGUUAUAGGACCACAGCAGAAGAAAAUGAACGGUAACGAUCUUAUUCUUGAAAUGGAUGAACGGCCAGGAAUGACAACUCCUCGAGCCCAUGAUCUAGUUUGUAUUCCAGUGGCACGUCUCAACCUACUUGAUGUCCUUGACCCGUAAAGCAGGUAGUGAUCAUGUUGUUGAUUAUGAAAAUGUUUGAAAGCUUUUGUUAAUAAAAAAGUUUGAGACCUUGAUGUGGGUUUCAGAUUUAAUGUGCCAAUAAAAAGGUAAUGUCUGUAAUGUCUGAACGGUACAAGCUUUACUUAAAGCACAAAGUAGCUAAUUAACCAGCGAACUAAUCACUUCCUAACAAAUAUUGUAACUUUUCCA